CUCUCGUGCCGAGGGGGCGUGCGCUCGCGCGAGUGAAAAAGCAAAUGGCACACGGACUUAUCCAUUAUUCCUCUGCUGAUAUCUGACGCUCCGCGCUCGCGGAUCCGGGCUCCAGCCGACUGAAUACCGAACGCACCGCUGAACGGAGCAUUUAAACGCGAGUCGCUUUAGUCCAAUUGUGUCUUUCUUUAUUUAUUUAGUUAUUUAUUGUAUGCAACCUGCGCGAUUCGUCCGCAUUAUUCGUGAAUGUUAAGCUCUCGUGAGCCCAAGGACAUAGUGUAUGACAGGAAUAUCACCUGAGGAAUACUAUAAGGGGCUGCAUUUGAAGACGAUCUUCACUGAUACGCAGGAAUACCGUGGCUUUAUUGUUAUCAAGUCACAUUGAGCCAUUUAUUCCGCUAGUUGUCUCCAGCCAUAAUGCCGAGCAUACGACAGUCGUACACGGUCACUGUCCCAGAGGAGCCGCCGGCGUCAGCUUUCCCUUUCAUCAAGCAGGAUAUGCGCAGAAAAAGUCCCACGAUGUCUCGCUCUAUGCUGGUGUCCACAUUUGUGGGGCUUCUUAUUAACCAGGCUAAGAACUCAAAGAAUGCUCAGGGUCUGGUGGGCCUCAGGAAUCUAGGAAAUACUUGUUUCAUGAACUCCAUUCUGCAGUGUCUGAGCAACACUCAUGACCUGAGGGACUACUGUCUGCGUAACACACACCGCACUGACCUCAACAACAACUGCAGGGCCAAAGCUGCGCUGAUGGAAGAGUUUGCCAAGCUCACUCAGAGUCUUUGGACAUCAGCUAGCAGUGAGGCCAUCAGCCCUUCUGACUUCAAAAUGCAGAUUCAGAAAUAUGCCCCUCGAUUUGUUGGUUACAAUCAGCAGGAUGCUCAGGAGUUCUUGCGCUUUCUGCUGGAUGGGCUUCAUAAUGAAGUAAACAGAGUGACAGUGAAACCCAGGUCGCCCAUGGAGGACUUUGAUCACCUCUCGGACGACGAAAAAGGCAAGAGAAUGUGGAACAAGUACCUGGAGAGUGAGGACAGCAAAAUAGUCGAUCUCUUUGUUGGUCAGCUGAAAAGUUCUCUGACUUGCAGUGAGUGUGGCUUCUGCUCAACAGUGUUUGAUCCAUUCUGGGAUCUGUCCCUGCCUAUCGCUAAGACUUCAGGAGAAGUAAGUUUGAUGGAUUGCCUUCGACUUUUCACUAAGGAAGAUGUACUAGAUGGGAACGAGAGACCAGUAAGUUUAAAAUGUAAAACCAGACGGAAAUGCACAAAAAAAUUCAUCAUUCAGAAAUUUCCUAAAAUCUUGGUGCUUCAUCUGAAGCGUUUCUCUGAGUGUCGAGUCAGAACCAGCAAACUCUCCACCUUUGUAAACUUCCCCCUCAAAGAGCUGGACCUCAGGGAAUUUGCCUCUGAUAACAGUGUAAAUGCAGUCUAUAAUCUGUAUGCUGUGUCCAAUCACACUGGUACAUCUUUGGGUGGCCAUUACACAGCAUAUUGCCGCAAUCCCUGCAUAGGAGAAUGGUACACGUACAACGACUCCAGGGUGAGCCCCAUGUCAUCCAGCCAGGUGCGCAGCAGCGACGCAUAUGUGCUGUUCUAUGAAUCUGCGGCCUCUUCACGCAUGUGAUUAAGAAUGAAAUGGACAAGCCUUGGAAUAAAUCAACCCUUUGCUGCUGUUGAACUAAAUCUUGGUCAGGGUCUGCAUGCUUGGAGGACCAUGGGACUUUAUCCCAGGCCGAACACAUACCGGAAAUGAAUUAUGGUUGUGGCCUACGAACUGGAAAGAAGCCUGGGAUGAAUGUUUAAUCCAAGCCUGGGUUGAGCUUCACAGUAAGGGCUUCUCCAUCCAUCACUCCCCUUGAGAGAGGCUGCUGCUCUGGGGAUGGAUUUAACAAACUGAAAUGGACAGAGACAGACAGAGAAACUACUACCUCUCUAGAAUGAGCAGGACUGUGUGUGUGUGUGUGUGUGUGUGUGUGUGUGUGUGUGUGUGUGUGUGUGUGUGUGUGUGUGUGUGUGUGUGUGUGUUUGUGUGUACGAGUCAGUCUCCAGACUGAUACUGUAGGACUCUAUGCACUGUGUAACUGGAACCCUCCGGCUCUACAGACAGUCACCACGACUCAAACAAUCCCCAUCCCUUAUUUAAUUUAUUAACAUGAGAUCAAUGUUUUACUUAAUUUCAAACUAAUUACUACUAAUUUAAACAAGAGGUCAUCUUUCUGAGGGACCAUGUAGGUCAACUGUGUAAAUGAUGCUUGGAUUGUUCAAUGGAUUGUUUACUUUCGAAACGGAUACAUUCCUUCAAGAUAUGGCUCUGCUUUGCUUGAUUUGCUGAAUUUCAACAGAAUAUGCACAUGGGAAGGGCUUAGUUUUAAGCUAAUGAAUCACUGUGCCCCUUCCAAAAUCCCUCACCAUUACAGAGAAGAUUGUGUGACUGUCCCCUGGUGGCCGGGAGUUGUAAAACCCAAAAGAAAAACAAUGGACCCUUUGGUGCAUUUCCACAGUUUUUAACAUCAUGAAUGUGCAAAGUUUUUUAUAGUUUCUUUUAUUUUGUGUUAUAUUACCUUGGUAGACUAGUUAACACUGCUGUGCGGAUGUUUCUAAUAUAAUAGCUGAGGAAGUGACCUUCCUCUCUUCUGACCAACAUAAUUAAUCUGUCAUAUUUUUCCUGUUUUGGAAAGUCAUAGAAAUUCUAUCAUAGAUUAUUUCCUUUGCUGUUGGAGCAAAUGGGAACACGCAAAAAAUAUAUAUUUGUUGUAUUUUUCCAUUCACCGCUAUGGAAGUAUACCAACCCUUACCAAAAAGUAGUAUACUUCAAGUUUAUUUUAUUAAGUAUACUUAAGUAUAGUUCAAGUAUAUUUAGACUUUUGUAAGUAUAAGUAUCUUAAA